AUGGCCUCGCACCUGGACCUGCUGGAUCUCCUCCAGGAGCGGGGACCCUCCACGGAGGGCAUCUUCAGGCUGGGAGCCAAUGAGCGUGCUGCUCGGCAGCUGCGGGAGGCCCUGGACAGUGUGCAGGAGGUGCCCCUGCAAAGCCAGCCUGCACAUCUGCUGGCUGCCACCUUGAAGGACUUCCUCCGCAACCUGCCCUCUAAGCUCCUCCAGGAAGAGCUCUAUGGAGAGUGGAUGGCUGCCCUGCACAAGAGCAGCAGGCAGGAGAAGCUGGAGGCACUGAGAGAGGUGGCCAGCAAGCUUCCUGUGGCCAACUUGCUGCUCCUCAAGAGCUUGCUGUCUCUGCUGGGCAACAUCAGCAGGAAUGUGGCCACCAGCAGAAUGAGUGCCAACAACCUGGCCAUCUGUGUGGGGCCAAACCUGCUGAGCCCAGCCAAGGAGCACGCUCUGCCCCUGGAUGUGCUGCUGCAGGUGACAGGCCAGGUAACAGGGCUGGUGGAGUUCCUCAUAGAGCACCACAAGGAACUCUUUGGCAAGAACACUGGUGGUCUUGGGAGACUCCCAGAGCAGGAGACACCAGCACCAGAGGGAGACUGUGGAACAUCAGAGGUGCCUCCUGUCACUCCAGAAAGCCAAAAGGUGAAGAGCUCAUCUGGGCAGAGAAGGUGCCCAUUUAUCUUUUGCUGCUUGGAGUCCCAGGACGAUCUGUGA